UAUUUCUAAAUCCUCCCUAGCCUUCUCUUGAACUGAUUCAACACUUCUCCACUUCCAAUACCUUCAAUUCUCUUGAUUGGAUCAAAAAUGGAGCUCAAACUUCUCUGCAUCAUCACUUUCACUGCAAUACUCUUAGUUUGCUCUCCGCCAUUAGCCGCCGGGGCGGAAUGCCAAAAAUCCCCAAUUAUCUUUAACUUUGGCGACUCCAAUUCCGACACCGGUGGUUUUGGCGUCGCUUAUGGAUCCCUCCUUGGCUACCCUAAUGGUCGCAAGUUCUUUCACCGAUCUUCCGACCGUUUCUCCGAUGGACGUCUAAUCAUUGAUUUUCUCUGUGACAAUGUGAAGAUGGAUUACUUGUCUUCAUAUUUAGAAUCAUUAACUUCAAACUUCAAGAAUGGAGUCAAUUUUGCCGUAGGUGGUGCAACGGCAUUCCCAAAAUCUAAUUUUUUCUCUUUGAAAACUCAAAUCAAAGAAUUCAGUCGGUUUCACUCUCGCUCCUUGAACUUCCACUUAGAAGGGGUCAAGGGUAUGUUCGAUAGAGAGGACUUUGGCAAUGCCCUAUAUAUGAUAGAUAUAGGGCAAAACGAUAUUACCCUUGCAUUUUACAACCACACAAAACUUGAAGUGGUAGUUCAACAAAUACCCUUCCUUAUAUCUGAAAUUAAAGAUGCUAUUGAGUAUUUGUACAAAGCUGGCGGGAGAAUGUUUUGGGUGCACAACACCGGCCCAGCUGGUUGUCUACCGCAGAUGCUUGCCACAAAAGUGGGUGAUUUUGACGAGGCCGGCUGUCUCAAGCCUCUAAAUGAAGCUGCCCGGGAGUUCAAUGCCCAACUCCUUAACCUUUCUGCAAAUCUGCGAGUUGAGUUAAAGAAUGCUACGGUGGUGUACGUGGAUAUGUACACCAUCAAAUACGAUCUCAUUUCCAACUCCGCUCUCUACGGGUUUGAGAAGCCAUUAAUGGCAUGUUGUGGAGGUGGCGGUGCACCCUACAACGCUGACCCCAAAAUAUUGUGUGGGACGACUGGAUAUACCGUGUGCGAUGAAGACACCAGAUUUAUCAGUUGGGAUGGAAUACACUAUACUGAUAAUGCAAAUGCGGUGUUCGCAGCAAGAAUUGCGACCACAAAUUAUUCCACCCCUCCCCUCAGAUUUGAUUCAUUUUGGUGUUGAAAGGCACACGUAGUAGCUUGGUUUUAUU